AAAAUAUAUUUGGUCGGAAAGAUACCUCUUAUAUGAAAAGGGCAGAACAGUGAUUUCAAAGCUUCUCGGCGAGUCCAGGGUUGAGCAUGAGUUCUGCGUCUCAAACUCCCAAUCUAGUGAAACAGUAGUGCCGUUGGGCUUUUUUCUCCUCGCUCUCGCUCUCCCUUCCAUUGUCAGGCCAAGUUAUUGGAGGUAAAAUCGGUGAUCUGCUUUCAUCUUCCACCAGAUCGGAGUCCAAUACAAAAGAAUCAUGGCAGAAAGUGAUCCAAAGGAACCGAUAAAUGAGCAAGCAGUUGUGAAUAUGUACAAUGCUAUGCGGGCUGAACUAAACCAGAUUUACUCAAAAAUAACCGAACUUGAGAUGGAUGCGAGUGAGCAUUCAUUGGUUAUCAAUGCGAUCCAACCUCUUGACCAAUCUAGACGUUGCUACCGGAUGAUCGGAGGUGUGCUGGUAGAGAGAACUGUGAAAGAGGUCCUGCCUGCUGUCCAGCGCAAUAAAGAGGGGAUCGAGGAGGUUAUUGCGAGGCUUAAUGAGGCUGCUGUAAAGAAGAAAAAGGAAAUUGCUGAUUUUGAAGAUAAGUACAAGAUCAGGAUAAGAAAGGCUGAUAGCGAGGUAAAGGAUGAUAGUAGCAAGAAGGAGGGCUCUUCUCAGGGGGUCCUUGUGGGUCCUGCAGGUUCAAGUGAAUGAGAAAUCUUGUACUCUUACCACACCCUUCAUAGUCUAGCAGACCUGUUUUGAUGAAGUUACCUUCAUCUGUUUUCUUAUGGUGUCCUAGCUGUUGGGCUAGGAAUUUGUUGAUCAUGGCUGUAGACUAGCUGAUAUGAAUGAACCUGGGAUUGUGUCUGAUCCUUUUUGAAUGAUAGAGCACCUAAUUGGGGUCAACUUUUAAACAUAAGCAAAAGAAAACGCUUUGAUUUUUCUUA